ACGCAUUGGAGAUGGUUGAAAAGAAGUGGCAGGGAAAUGAAACCGUAUUCAGCUCCAAGAUUUAACAGCUUUUUUCACAUUGAUUCAGAUUUUGUUUGGGAGGAUUUCUGAGACUAGGCAACAGAGCAAGACUGAUUUUUUGGAACCCACAUAAUUGAUGAAGAUGUGGUUUAUGAACGUUGUGAUACUUCUCUUUUUCUGCUGUGACUCUUCAGCUUGUCUUUCAACUGGCAACUCCACAGUGCAAUUUGUCUCCAAGAAUUUUUAUAAUGUACUCCACUGGGAUCCUGCAAAGCCUGAUUUUCCCGGGCAAAGAUUGCUUUAUACUGUCGAGUACAAGAGUGAUGAAAAAAAUCAGUCAUACCAGAUAAAAGAGGACUGUCAGAAUAUUACCAGCCUAUUCUGUGACCUGACAGCAGAAACCCCCGUUGUUCAAGAUGUUUUUUACUAUGCUAAGGUGACGGUGAACGAUAGAUCUCAUGGUUCCACGACAAGGUUCAAACCUUUAGAACACACUAUUUUGGGUCGACCCAUCUUAUUUACAUCCACAACAGAGUUGUCUUUGUUUGUUAAUGUCACCUUGCCCUUGGGACCAAAAGAAGUCUCCAUUGCAGACGUCAUCAUCAACAACAGAAUAGUGCCAUCACCAACUAGAAUUAUCUACACCUUAAAUUUACAAUAUCCCGACCAGGCUGUACAGAGUUUUGAAAACUGGACUGGCCAGUUCUACAUCAACUUACAGAAGUGGGGUAACUACUGCGGUACGGUUAUCUACACACCAUCUUCUUAUUGGGGUCGCCCAAGCAGUGAAAUGGCCUCCUUCUGUGUAACACUCUCAGAUCUUUCAGAAAGUCCAUGGAUGGUUCUGCGAUGGAUUCUCAUGAGUGUGGCUGUUCUGGUUGCCUUAGUCAUAGUAUCAUUUGUGUGUGCGUGCAAAUAUGUGAAAGGUGGGAAACCAAAGAGCAUGACACAGGAACUGAUAAUCACUUUGGGGAACUCUAAAAUCCUGCAAGAGCCAGAUAAAAAUCUCAUAAUUUCUCCUGUCGAGAUCUGCCCUCAAAGGGAUGAAAUAUUUUAUGCCAAAAUCCAGAUGAAUACAAAUGGGCCUUCAGUUAGGAGUGGAGGGUACUCCCCUCAGGACAUCCCUUGUCGUGACACAAGCACCCAGUCCUCUGACAACUACGGUGCAGUGGCUGUUCAGGUACCACCUGAAGACAAUGAAGACUUUCAGCAGGCUGUCACUGAACACAGAGAAACCAGUCACCCACCAGUUUCACCACUACUACCUGAUCAUGAUUCUUGUGAUAGCAAUCCAGCUGGGAAGCUCCUGAUUCACACAAUACGGGAUAUCAGUGGAAAACUUGUGCUGCCAUUGUUCAAUUUUCAGUUACAGAGCAGCAAUGGCGACACAGUCUCACCAGCAUACACAGAGCGAAAGCUUCUUCUAUCAGACCUCACGGACUCUAAGGAUGAGUCAUCAUUAGCAUCCUUGGCCAGCUUAGACAGCUCUGAGUGGUCAGAUUCUGGAUGUGAUGAUAGCACACCGACACCCCUGUACUGCAACACCCAUUCCUUCCCAGCUCAACCAGCUGUUCCUGAUUCUGACAAGGGAUGUCAGAUUACACCAUCCAAUGAUGCCACAUUUGAAUCAACAUACAAACAAAACUGGACGCCUGAAUUAUUUUGUGGACCUUCUACUAUAGACAGCUGCAUAAGGACAAACUACAUGUGGACCUGCACUGGUUCCAAAAUGGAACCACAUGAGGAAGUUGAAGACAGUGAAGGAACAGAGCAAUCAAAACUAAUUCUUCUGGGAAGUUGGACACUACAAAUUCAAGAAUAAUUCUCCUCUCCAAAAUCUUUUAAACCUUGAACCCCACUCCCACUCCCAGUGUGGUCCUUGAAUAACUGUAGAGAACAUUUCUCAGCAGCUUUUUUUUGGAUGGGAGGACAGACAGUAGAUGAACGGCUAUGCAACAUGCUGUGUUGUUCAAGAUGAACGGCCGCCUCUGGAUCCUUAAGAACAUUUCACUCCUAUGUGUGACAUAUUAUGCUUUUUGUAUCCAUGUAUUUUUAUUUAUUAAUCCACAUUUGCAAAAUAUUUCUGAAAAUGCUGAUAACUGUGGGUUUACAUUUAAAGCCUGGAUGUGUAUACUGAAAAUUCCUUGUUUAUUUUGUCGAUUUUUUUUUUUUUUUUUUUUGUAAGUAUCAAAUGUGUCAAAGGCAACAAAAGGAAUAUAGCAGCUUAUUUGAAAGUGGUUCUUAGUCAUUGAAUUCAUAGGCCUUUUUUUAAAGGGGCUACAAAGAAUAAAGCUGCACACUAUUAAUAACUACCAAAACUCUAAUUGUACAUCAUCAGCAUGUGUGUUUGUAUGUCUCCGCUAUGACAACACAUUGUUGCAACUUAUUACACUGCCUAAAUACACAAACCCAGUACAGUAAUUUUUAAAUUAAAAAUGUGGACAGUCAGCCUUAAAGAUUAGAUAUGAAAAUAAACGUGAUUGCAUCGUGCCUGGACACAGCAGCAGACAGAGCCUGACACUUACUGUCACAUCUUGAGGUGUUUGAA